UGUGAUCAUAUAAUAUCAUAAAAUAAGAGUCAACCUUGACCUUUUACUUCAAGUCCUUAAAAAUGUCGAAAUGAAUAAAAUACAUUUGUGUUGUUAAUUGUGAACCGUCUUAGAUUCAGUAUAAUUAUGUUUCACCUACUCAGUAUGCUGAUUAUAUGAAAUAUUUUCAUUUUAACAACUUACUUAUGAGUGAUAUUUUACAGCCCCAGGAUUAAACUAUGGUCAAAUGGGACGCUGGAAGUCUCAAGUCGAUCAUAUUUAAAGAAUUGCACUCCAGCUCCUGUGUACCAAAGGGCACAGAGAAAAUACAACAUCAACUCUAUGAUUUGUUGCUGAACACAGUGGAUAGAGGCGAAGGGAAUUCUGUGCUUUUUGUCGGGCCCAGAGGAACCGGAAAGUCAGCACUAGUUAACUACACUAUUGAUAAAGUUAAGAGUGCUUGUAAAAAUGAUUUUAUACUGGUUUAUCUAAAUGGUUUUGUUUGUAUUGAUGACCAACAAGCUCUCAAAGAAAUCGCUAAGGAACUCUGCCCUAAAAGUGAGCUGGCCGAUUUGAACCUUAAUUCAUUUGCUUCAACAAUGACAUUCCUGUUGGAAACUCUGAAUUCUGGCGACAAGGGACGACAAUCUGUGAUAUUUGUGUUGGAUGAGUUUGAUUUGUUCACACAGCAUCAUAAUCAACAUCUACUGUACAACCUCUUUGAUCUCUCUCAGUCUAAAUCAACACCGUUAGCAGUCGUUGGUCUAACAAGCCGGCAGGAUGUUAUGGAGCUCAUGGAAAAACGGGUGAAAUCAAGAUUUUCUCACAGACAGUUCUUUAUCUUUGGUCCUCCAACAUUUGAAGAAUAUAUUGCCAUUGCACAUGAGAUUCUGUGCCCUGACUCAUUAUCCUUACCAUCCUGGUCUACCCAUGUAAAGGAAGUGUUAAAUAGUACUGACAAUAAAAUAAAAACUUACUUGGAGCGAGUCUACAACUUCAACAGAAGUGUGAAACUUCUAAAAAACUGUCUAACCUGGGUUGCAGUUGACAUUGACUCAUCUUCUCCUAAAAUAAAUGUCGAUUUAUUUGAAGAGAAAUUGAUUGAAGUUUUCAAGGACUCCAAAGCAGUCUUGAUCAGAAGUCUGAGCAAACUGGAGUGUUGUAUCUUGAUUGCCAUGGCUAGGUUAUCAACCAAACAUGCUAAUCAACCUUUCAAUCUGGAGAUGGUUCUUUUCGAAUACAAAGAGUUUGUUACAUUCGAAGGAGGAAAGAUAGAUGCAAUUCCAAAUCACGAUCUUGCUGUGCAGGCCUUGGAGAAGAUGAUAAAGUCUCAACUAGUUAGAACAUUGUCAAGUCGUCAAUCUAAAGUUCAGAAAGACUAUAAAUUAAUGUAUUUGAACAUUGAUAUCAUGGACUUAACAAAUAUUCUUAAAACUUGCAAUUUGCAAAGUAAUGUUCAGAAAUGGGCACAAUCUGUCUUGACAUUCUAAAUUCUUAGAUGUGGAAGUGCAGUUUUAUCAAAAUAUAAUGUUGUUUUUAAUUGUUUUUAUUUAUAAUUUUAUGGCAUUAUUGUGUUGCAAUCUUUUAUCUUUAGAUCUUUUUGAUAUACUGAUAACUCUAAUACUAUUAUAUAAAAAUUCAAUGAUAAUUACAAUUUACAAAGUGAUAAUUAAAGUCUGUCAUUGUUUCCUAAAAUCAUACUUGACCAGACCGCAAUUCUGAUAAUUAUUUGUUGUGUAGAUUGAAGAACUAGUAUAUUUUCCUUAA